AUAAAUUGAAAACACAUUUAUAUUGCACUUUGUUUUAGAUUAUCUUCAAUUUGAAUGAAGUGUCGAUAAGUGACAAACAUUUAACACUAAAAGUAUACCAAAGACUAAGUGCUAACAGUUGUCAACAACUUUUCAUUCAAAACCUAUUGAUUACUGUUUUGGUGACAAAAUCCAAGAACCAAGACAUGACUCAAACUGAAUCAGAGUUUCGACUGAAGAUUGGUAUCAUUGGUGGCACCGGUUUGGACAGGGAUUCGUCGAUUAUCAAAGAUCUCAAACUAGUGUCAGUACCGACCACACCAUAUGGCGAUCCCAGUGAUAAUGAGGUGAUUACUGGAACCAUUGAAGGAGUGGACAUUGUGUUGAUGGGUCGACACGGAAGCAAACAUAAUAUCAAUCCCUCAGAUGUCAACUAUAGGGCCAACUUAUGGACAUUGAAAGAGUUGGGCGUAACUAUAGUUUUGGUGACCACCGCUUGCGGCUCUCUUAAGUUGGAAGUAAGUCCCGGUGAUUUUGCAAUUCUAGACCAAUAUAUCGACCGCACAUGUCUUCGGGGGCGUACUUUCCAUAAAGUAUCGCACAUUCCUCAGGGAAAACCAUUUCACCCCAAACUUCAACAAAUACUGGAAGAAAGUAUCGCUCAAUUGGGAUAUAAAUUCCACCCGAAAGUGACGACCGUAACCAUCGAAGGCCCGCGUUUUUCAACUCUGGCUGAAUCGCGACUUUACAAGAGUUGGGGCGCAGAUAUCGUCAACAUGACUACCGUUCCUGAGGCACAAUUAGCCGCUGAAUUAGGACUUAUCUACGGAGCCCUAGCAUUGGUAACUGAUUACGAUUGUUGGCACGAAUCGGACGACGAGUCGGUCAGCGUUGACCUCGUAAUGAACCGAUUGAAGGAAUUGUCUGAAAGAGCUAAAAAUGUAUUGUCUUUGACUAUCAAAAACAUUUCGCAAAAUGAUUGGCAAACUAUUUGGCACAAAAAACAAAGCGAUUCCAAGCUAGCCGUUAUGUACCACUAAUUGGGAUCUAAUUUAGUGAUAAUUAUUUUUAGUACAAACAGCUUGUAUGACAUUUUAUAAGUGUAUUAAAUUUAUUAGAACUAAUUAUUUUUAAUACAUUGUUUUAAUUAUAUAAAUUUAUUAUUAAAUAUUUUAAA